AUGGCUUCUGGUUGUGUGAGCUUGAAAACCAACACCCAUUUUCCAAAUUGUAAAAAAGGUUCUUUUUUUGGAGAAAGAAUCAAAGGCAGCUUGAAAAACAGUUCAUGGGUCACUACCCAGAAGAAGAACAAACCUGCUGCUUUUUCUGCUAUUCUUACUUCAGAUGACCCCAAAGGUUCCCUGAAUUUGCAAGUGCCUUCAUUUCUGAGACGAAGAGCUGAUCCAAACAAUGUGAUUUCCAUUGUAUUGGGAGGAGGGCCUGGAACACAUCUCUAUCCUCUUACCAAACGAGCUGCAACACCUGCGGUUCCUGUUGGAGGAUGCUAUAGGCUUAUAGACAUUCCAAUGAGCAACUGCAUCAAUAGUGGCAUCAACAAGAUAUUUGUGCUGACUCAGUUCAACUCUGCUUCCCUCAACCGUCACAUCGCUCGCACCUAUUUCGGAAAUGGUGUCAACUUUGGUGAUGGAUUUGUGGAGGUUCUGGCGGCGACACAAACACCAGGAGAAGCUGGGAAGAAGUGGUUUCAAGGAACUGCAGAUGCUGUGAGACAAUUUACGUGGAUAUUUGAGGAUGCCAAGAAUAUAAACGUCGAGAAUGUAUUGAUCUUGGCGGGAGAUCAUUUAUAUCGAAUGGAUUACAUGGACCUAUUGCAGAGUCACGUAGAUAGAAAUGCCGAUAUUACAAUUUCGUGUGCUGCUGUCGGUGACAACCGCGCGUCUGAUUAUGGAUUGGUCAAGGUAGACGACAGAGGUAACAUCAUACAAUUUUCAGAAAAACCGAAAGGCGCUGAUCUGAAAGCAAUGCACGUAGAUACUUCUCAUCUUGGGUUGUCACCUCAAGACGCAUUGAAGUCGCCAUAUAUUGCAUCUAUGGGAGUUUAUGUAUUCAAGAAAGAUGUUUUACUCAAGCUUCUGAAAUGGAGGUAUCCUACUUCUAAUGACUUCGGAUCCGAAAUCAUUCCUUCAGCUAUAAAGGAACACAAUGUCCAAGCAUAUUUUUUCGGAGACUACUGGGAAGAUAUUGGAACGAUAAAAUCCUUCUACGAUGCUAACCUCGCUCUUACUGAAGAGAGUCCAAAGUUCGAGUUUUAUGAUCCAAAGACACCGAUUUUCACAUCUCCAGGAUUCCUACCACCAACAAAGUUUGACAACUCUCGGGUUGUGGAUGCCAUUAUCUCCCAUGGAUGUUUCCUGAGAGAUUGUACAAUCCAACAUUCCAUUGUCGGUGAAAGGUCCCGUUUAGAUUAUGGCGUUGAGCUUCAGGACACUGUAAUGAUGGGAGCUGACUAUUACCAAACUGAAUCCGAAAUCGCUUCUCUACUUGCAGAAGGGAAGGUCCCGAUUGGCAUCGGAAGGAAUACCAAAAUCAAGAACUGCAUUAUUGACAAGAAUGCAAAGAUUGGAAAAGACGUUGUCAUCGCGAACAAAGAAGGCGUUCAAGAAGCAGAUAGAUCGGAAGAUGGUUUCUACAUCCGAUCAGGAAUCACCAUCAUAAUGGAGAAAGCAACGAUAGAAGACGGAACUGUCAUAUGA